UAGGGACUUGGGGUGUGCGGUGCCGCAGGAGACAAGUGGUGUACGUUCUUCCAAGUUUUAACGUUUGAUGGAUAAUCCGUGCUUCUGAUGUGGCUUUCUGGGAUCGCUGCAUCUUAAAGGCCAAAAUGUAUGGGCUUAUUUUGCCAAAGAAAGCACAGAAGUUACACCCUGUUUUGCAAAAACCAUCAGUGUUUGGGAAUGAUUCUGAUGAUGAUGAGACCUCCGUGAGUGAAAGCCUUCAGAGGGAAGCUGCUAAAAAGCAAGCAAUGAAACAGACCAAACUGGAAAUCCAAAAGGCCCUUGCAGAAGAUUCCACUGUAUAUGAAUAUGAUAGUAUUUAUGAUGAAAUGCAGAAAAAAAAGGAAGAAAAUAAUCCUAAAUUGCUUUUGGGAAAAGACCGAAAGCCCAAAUAUAUUCAUAACUUACUAAAAGCAGUUGAGAUCAGAAAAAAGGAACAGGAAAAAAGAAUGGAAAAGAAAAUACAGAGAGAACGAGAAAUGGAAAAGGGAGAAUUUGAUGAUAAAGAGGCAUUUGUGACAUCUGCUUAUAAGAAAAAACUGCAAGAGAGAGCUGAAGAGGAGGAAAGAGAGAAGAGGGCUGCUGCACUCGAAGCACGUUUGGAUGUAACCAAGCAGAAAGAUCUCAGUGGAUUUUAUAGGCAUCUAUUAAAUCAAGCAGUUGGUGAAGAGGAAGUCCCUACAUGCAGCUUUCGUGAAGCUAGUGUUAUAUUAUUUUUUUAUAGGUCUGGGAUAAAGGAAGAGAAACCAAGGGGUUAUUCUGAUGAAGUAACUUCAGAGAACAGAAUACCACCUGAGAAAUGCAUUCUCCAAACUACUGUGAAAGUAGAGGAAAACCCAGAUGCAGACAGUGACUUUGAUGCUAACAACAGCGAGGAUGAUGAACUGGAAGAAAAUAAUGAAGUGAACUGCAGAAGGGAAAAGAGCAUAGAGACCACUAAGAAUGACUCCAGGCAUCACAGGAAUCAAACCCACUCACGGUCAUCUAGCGAAGAAAGAGAACAUGGUACCAAAAGCCACACAAAAAGUUCCAAGUCAAGAGGACAUGAGAAGCGGGAAGAUCAGCACCAAGAGAGACAAUUCAGGAACCAGGAGAACUAUUACACUGACCGUGAUUACCAAAAAGAAAAGAAAGAUUCCCAUAGGCACAGAGAUGCCAGUCAUAGAGAUUCCCACUGGAAGAGGCAUGAACAAGAAGAUAAACUGAGGGGACGAGACCAAAGAGAAAGAAAUGACAGAGAUUGGAAAAGGGAGAAAGACAGACAGAAAUAUCCCACAAGAGAACAAGAAAGAGAUAGACAUCGAAAUGAUCAUGACCGACACAGUGAGAAAGGAGUAGAAAAGGAAGAGAAAAGCAAAGAAAGGGAAGAACAUACGAAAGCAAGGAAAGAAAAAUAUGAAAACAGAGAUAGAGAAAAACGAGAAAUGAGUGUUCAAUCUUCAGAAAGAAAGCGAGACAGAAAGGAAAACAGCCCGAAUUCUAGGGCAAAGGAUAGGUUUCUUGACCAGGAGAGAGCCAAUAAAAUGAGAGACGUGGAAAAGGAUAAAGACAGUAACCCAGAGAAACUCUCUAGUUCUGAAACAUCACUGGGCGCAAAACACAGAACCACAGAGGAAAGCCAAGAGAUGGGCAAAGAACAAGAGAGCCCACACGAGACUGUGAACAAGUUUGCAAAACGGAACAAUGAGGAAACUGUAAUGUCAGCUAGAGACAGGUACUUGGCCAGGCAUAUGGCACGGGUUAAUGCGAAGACAUAUAUUGAGAAAGAAGAUGAUUGACUUGGUGGAAUAUGCUGUGUGAACACAUAAAGGAGUGUUAAUAGUGGUAAAAUACAUUUUCAAAAUUCAUUAUUUGUUUAGGGUUAAGUCAAAAGUCAGUCUUUUUUUCUUAAAUGCUUGACUGAAUCAAUAUAUAAUAUUUACAUAUCAAUACCACAUUCUUGGUUGUAUUCAAGCAGCCUAAAGAGUGUGCUAAGUCCCGUCCCGGUAGAUACUUUAUGAGGAAAAUUGGCUCUGCUACAACCAUUAAAAGAUAAUUUAAACAACUCGCCUAAUGUUGGUUUUGUUGCAGGAGCUGUUUAUUUUAUAAAUAUUGUGUUUUCUAUAAAAUUAAGUGAAUUUGAACAUAGAGAAUAUUGUUAUACUUUAUGUUUUGAAAUUUGUAUUAAAAUAUAAAAUAUGGACAGAUAUAUAUCUUGUUAGCUCGAGCAUAUUUGGCUUAAAUGAGAAUAAAAAUGGUGAUAUGUUUGUACUUCUAAUUCAUGCUCUAAUUUUAAAAGAAAUGUCAUUUGUACACAAUUGCUCCCCAUUCCCCCGCCGUUAAAAAUUACUUUCAUUGAAUUCUGUGACCUCACAAGUGAGUAAAUUGGUUGUGUAUAUAAAUCAGUUUUAGCUAAGUGUGAAAAGGUGGAGACAUUUAGUCCAAAUGAUGUUAGCUAAAGAUCCAGGUGUCUAUUUAUGAAUGUGUUGUUUUAUAUGCUCUUAAAUAUACAGCUUAUUACAACUUCCA